AUGGUUAGUAAGGUGUUGCUUAUGUUGCUAAUCUUAGCAAUUUGUAGCACUUUUGUGAUUUGUAAUGCAGGUGGUUCGAAGAAGAAGUUUCAUAACAAACAUAAAGAAGGUUGGAAAAAUGGUCAUGAUUAUGAUUCUUAUGAGCCAAAAUAUGAUGGUGAUGGCCUUAAGGAUAAUUUUUACCAUAAGAGUUGCCCUCGAGCUGAAAAGAUUGUGCAAAGUGUUACAGAAAGACAUGUCUCUAGUAACCCAAAUUUGCCUGCAAAGCUCAUAAGGGUGCUCUUCCACGACUGUUUCGUUCGGGGGUGUGAUGCUUCAGUAUUGUUAAACUCGACGGGUAAUAUCCAAUCGGAGAAAGAUGCAAAUGCCAAUCGAAACUUAGCAGGAUUCGACGUUAUUGACAGUAUUAAAGCUGAAGUCGAGAAAGUGUGCCAAGAAACUGUGUCUUGUGCUGAUAUUUUGGCUCUAGCAACAAGGGACGCUGUUUCUCUCCAAUAUGGGAGGCCAUUGUGGAAGGUGCCAACCGGAAGAAGGGAUGGAACAAUAUCAUUGGCUUCAGAGACUUCAACUAAUAUACCUUCUGGUGCCUCUAACUUCACUGUGCUAUCAAACAUCUUUGCUAAUAAAAGUCUCUCGGUUCAUGAUCUCGUGGCUUUAUCAGGUGCACAUACAAUCGGAGUUGGUCAUUGCAACUUUUUUAGCAGAAGAUUAUUCAACUUCACUGGAAAAGGAGACCAAGACUCAUCAUUAGACCCAAAUUAUGCAGAUUUCUUAAGAACUCAAUGUAAAAACUCAACUGAUCGCAUAACCACUGUUGCGAUGGAUCCCGGAAGCUCGGUCUCAUUCGACAACCAUUACUUUGAGAUCUUAAAGGAUCGUAAGGGUCUUUUUGUAUCCGAUGCUGCUCUCCUCACUGAUGAUGAUGCUCGAAGAUUUGCCUUAAAACUUCUUAACCCGAAAAAAUUCUUUGAUGAGUUUGCUAAAUCUAUGGAGAAAAUGGGAGCUAUUGGUGUGCUUACUGGAAGUCAAGGCCAAAUUAGGAAGCACUGUAGUUUGGUUAACUAAUUAAAGUACAUUUUUAAUUAACAUCAUAAUCAUAAUGAUAUAAGUAUAACUGAUGUUUCAAUAAUUUUAUUACUUGUUUAUUUCAAUAACAAUAAGGGUUCA